GCUGCCACCAUGCAGAUCUCCUGGGCUGUGUGCUCUGUCUGCGUCCUCAUCCAAAUCGCAUCCCGGGCAGCUGGAGGAUGGCAAGUGUUCAAAAAUGAUGCGACAGAAAUCAUCCCUGAGAUCACCGAAAAUACAGAGACCCCCAUGGAGCAGAUUUACAGCAACAACAACACGAUGAACCAGGCAAAGCACGGGGGAAGGCACAUACACCACACGCUAACACCCUUCUCCUUUGCAGAUGUCUCCGACUUCAGCUGCAGAGAGAUGCGCAUCACCCGCUACGUGACGGAGGGGCCGUGCCGCAGCCUGAAGCCCGUGAAGGAGCUGGUUUGCUCGGGGCAGUGCGUCCCAUCCCACCUCCUGCCCAACUCCAUCGGCAGAGGGAAGUGGUGGAGGCAGAACUCCCCGGAUUAUCGCUGCAUCCCGGCUCACACCCGCACGCAGCGCAUCCAGAUGGCGUGUCCCGACGAUGAGACUCGGACUUACAAAUUCCGAGCGGUCACAGCCUGCAAGUGCAAGCGAUACACUCGAUACCACAACCAGUCUGAGCUGAAGGACUUUGGGAAGGAGCCCGCCAGGCAGCAGAAGAACAAGAAGUCACGUCUGUCCCGAGCCAGGAGCAGCAAACCGAACCAGCAUGAGCUGGAAAACGCCUAUUAGGAGGUCGUGCCAAGUGAUGCAGCCCAGCAGCUCUGGAUAUUUUAUACCAUAUACAAAAACGGCAUGCACAGGCCGAGCACGAGGGUCUGACUGCAGGUGGUUCCAAUUCCUUCUGCUACGCUGGGUCUAAGGCUCACAUAGUCAAAAUCCAUCAGAUGAUAGCGGUUAUGGUCUGAUAAGAGAAUGAGAUAAACCGAGCUGGUGGGAGCAGCAGCUACGUUCAGUUUGAGAGGAGGGGACACCCUGGGGGUCAGCAUGAGGC